ACACACACACACACAGAGCCAACCAUGACCAGCCAGAAGGACGAUGUGGAACAUUUGAUUCGGUCAAGCGUACAAAGCAUCGACAGUGUUGGUGUUAACAGUAGUGGUCGAGACGAUGUAUCUACCGUGUCCUUGUCCAUUGCCUCACUGGCCGAUUCCACUACCAACCUCUAUGAGACCAGACCACACAAAGUCGCCAACAAGAAGUCUAAGCCGGUUAACGGUGCCCUGGGUACGAGUAAAGGUUUCCCAGUCGACAUCCAAGGCGAGAGAUCAGUCCAGGAGGAUGACAUCGACGAAAACGAUGGACACAACGGCAAGAAGAAUGACAAGACCUUCUUCGUUGGUGUCGGAAUCCUUUUCUCGAUUUUCGCCAUCACUUCUGCUUUUCUUCUGAUAAUCCUUCCAUGUUAUCGCAUGUUUAACUUGAAUGCUUUGUUACACAGCAAUCAUACUGUAGUCCGUCAAUACCAAGAACAUUUGGUCAGCAGCAGUGUGAGCCGAUCGGGCCCACCAUCUGUCGUGGUAAAAUAUCACGAAUUGAUUCAGGGUCCAGGUCCGGGCCAUCAAUCGCUGGUGUAUCACCAAAAACACCACCACCAACAUUCUGAGAAAGCUGCCCCUGUUUGUGAUGUCCACCCUAAUGAACAGCGCUUCGACUGUUACCCGGACUAUUACGAAGUCAACCAACGCAAUUGUCUGUCCCGGGGUUGUUGUUGGCGACCCACCAUGGACAGGUUCCUCUCUCAAUCCGAUUCCAACAACGUGAGAGGUGUUCCGUUCUGCUAUCUCCCCGUCAAUUAUUCUGGUUAUGGAAUCAUUCAGGUGAACCAAAGCCGGACCGGGGCCACCAUGGAGUUAAUAAAAACAUCGCAAUCCUCAAUAUGGCCCGAAGAAGUUCGAAUGCUCAAAGUUGUUAUUACUUACGAGACUCCACAACGACUUCAUUUCAAGAUUUUUGACCCGGAAAACACCCGGUAUGAGGUGCCUAUUGACGUUCACAAACCGGCCAAACUGACAGACAUAGCAAACUGUGAUUACGUAGUUUCUUAUGUAAAAAGGCCAUUCGGACUCGUGGUCAGGCGGAAAUCCACAAAGAAAGUGAUAUUUAACUCUGCCGUGGCAGCACCAUUGAUAUUUGCUGACCAAUAUCUACAGAUUGGAACUUUACUUUCAACCAAAUAUGUCUAUGGACUUGGGGAACACCGAGAUUCCUUCCUUAUCAAUGUGGAUUGGACCUCACGAGGUUACUGGGCCAGGGACCAGAGUCCAAGACCCAAUACCAAUCUGUAUGGAGUUCACCCCUUCUACCUGAAUAUGGAGGACGACAACAAUGCCCAUGGUGUCUUCCUUCUAAACAGCAAUGCAAUGCAAAUUGACUUCCAGCCUCAGCCAUCCGUCACAUACCGUACAAUGGGAGGAGUCCUGGAUUUCUACGUGUUUACUGGACCCACGCCAAAUGCCGUCGUCCAGCAGUAUACGGAACUGAUUGGUCGACCCUUCAUGCCCCCUUAUUGGUCUCUUGGGUUUCACCUCUGUCGUUGGGGUUACAAUAAUUCUGCUACUAUGAAAGCUGUCAUCAAAAGAAUGAGAGAUUCCAAAAUACCAUAUGAUGUCCAGUGGAAUGAUAUUGAUUCGAUGGACAAGAAGCUGGACUGGACCUAUGACCACAACCUGUUUGCUGAUUUACCAGAGAUCGUGAAAGAUCUCCACGCCCAUGGCCAACAUUACAUAAUGAUUGUGGAUGGUGCAAUUAGCAGUCAGCAGCCAAAGGGGACAUAUCCCCCUUAUGAUAAUGGUCUCGUUGAUGGAGUUUUCAUAAUAGACCCUGAAGAUGGCAAACCUUUGGUUGGUCAAGUAUGGCCAGGUGAUACAGUAUUCCCAGACUUCCUUCAUCCAAAAGCAUUUUCAUAUUGGUACAAAGUGGCAGCUGACUUCCACAAACAGAUUCCUUAUGAUGGCAUUUGGGCAGAUAUGAACGAACCUUCUAAUUUUGUGGCUGGUUCUGAAGAUGGCUGUCUUUACAAUAACCUUAAUUAUCCCCCUUUUAAUUCUCCAGCAAUCCUUGGUUCUAAACUCUAUGAAAAGACUAUCUGUCCAUCUGCUGCUCACAAUAUCUCCUCACACUACAACCUGCACAAUCUCUAUGGUUACAGCAACACCAAAAUAUCUGACAUGGUUCUCCGGAAGCUUCUCAAGAAAAGAAGUAUAGUCAUCAGUCGGUCAACAUUUGCGGGAAUUGGUGUCCACGGUGGACAUUGGUCUGGUGACAAUCAUGCCACAUGGGAUGACAUGUACUAUUCAAUACCAGAAAUGCUAAAUUUCCAAUUAUUUGGUGCACCAAUGAUUGGUGCCGACAUCUGUGGUUUCUUGGAUCCCACCACCACAGAACUGUGCGUACGAUGGACCCAAGUAGGAGCAUUUUACCCUUUCAUGAGGAAUCACAAUGGAUGGAAUUUUCCAGCCCAAGACCCAGCUAUAUUCGACACCCGUGCUCAAGGUGCUAUGAGGAAGGUAUUACUAACACGCUAUAGUCUACUGCCUUAUCUCUACACCCUUCUUCACUACAGCCAUCAAGAUGGCUCUGCAGUUGUUUGGCCCUUGUUUUUCAUAGAACCCAAUGAAGAGACCUUCAAGAUUGAUCGGCAAUUUUUAUGGGGCAGUGAUCUGAUGAUCAGUCCAGUCUUGAAACCAAAAACAUUCAGUACCAAAGCCUACUUUCCCAAAGGUUUAUGGUAUGACUUCUACACUGGCAACAUGAUUAGUUCAGCUGGCCUCUACAUGUUUCUUGAUGCUCCAUGGGACAAGAUUAACCUACAUGUUCGUGGAGGUGCAAUCAUACCAACCAUUGAACCUGAUGUCACUACUACAGCAUCGAGAAAGAAGAAAUUUAGUUUAUUUGUUGCUGCUGACAGUAACGGCACGUCGAGAGGGGAACUUUUCUGGGACGAUGGAGAAAGUUUCGAUACAGUGAAGACUGGAAAAUACACACAUUUAGUGUUCACGGGAGCACAAAACAAUGUCACCAGUGAAGUGCUGGCGUCUGGUUACUCUCCACCUACUGAACUCUAUCUUGGACAUGUUUUGGUCUGUGGUGUUGCCAAGGGGCCACACCAAGUUCUUGCAAACUCUAAGCCAGCAAAAUUCAUGUGGUUUCCUAAUUCACAGGUUUUAAACAUCACCAACAUGGCCCUCAGCCUCACUCAUCCAUUCACUAUUACCUGGAGCUGAUUCCUACAACACAAAAAUGUAUUAUAAGAAGAAUGAACCGAAAUUAAAUCUAAAAAAAAAAAAUAAA